AUGGCUCGCAUCAAGAAGGCCACUCCACCGUAUCGGUUUGGCUUGAAGCCAAUGCGAUUGGUGGCCAGGUUUGACGUAGCCCUGGCAGAUAGCCAGAUUCCCUCUUCAUGGCAUAGUCUGCAGUUUUGGCAAGUUGAAGAAGAGAAAGAAGAAAGAAAUAAGAUGUCGAACGUUGAAGAAGAUAACACCGAAAAUGGCCGAAGCUACACUGACAUCCCAUACGCCGAACUAGGGGCUGUGCACCCUGAUGCCGUGGUUGUUGGUCCUACUGAAAGGUACUACAAGUGCAGUGGUGAGAAAGCAGCUGAUCUCAUGGCAAUGGGAAUCGGCCUCAAGACGUUUGACUUACGCGAGAUCGGCAAUGUUGAGGAGGAGCCUUAUUGCUCCAUGAAGUUGAAGAAGAAGGUAACACCCACACAGAAGCACAUGUGUGACGAGAUCAAGCGUCGUUGCAUUGUGGAUGGUCAUCUUGAACCAAAGUGUGGCCACUGGGACAAGAAAAAGUGUCAUAGCUGGUUGCAGAAGAACCCACUAACCAAUGCAAGUGACAGGGCCUUUGUUGUUGCCGCCGAAAAGAUGUUGCACGACCUUGUGACAAAGGCGGCAAAUGAAAAGGCAAAGGAGAAGAAAGACAAGGGACCUGCUCCGUGGAACACUGCCGAACCAUACAUCCGUCUGAUUGAGUGCAUGCUGGACGAUACCAUCCGUCCAAUCUUCCUGGAGAUGCACAGGAUGGGAGAAAGGGAUGAGUUAGAUGCAAGGAAUUCCGCUGAUAGGCCUGAGACCAUCUUCGAGGCUUGUGCAAGACUUUUUAAUGACAAGAACAAGAAAGUAUUCUCACGUUGCUUACCUGAUUUGCAUUUCACCUUUGCUGAAGCCUUGGAUUGUUCCUUCGAACAUAUGCCAGGCCCUGUCACAGCUGAUGAAGUGAAGCGCCGCUGGGGUGACAGCCGUGCCAAGUUGAUCAAGAUCAUCGCCAAGUGGGAGCUCAGUGGCAACGGAUUCGGUCAGCGUGGUGUUGAGGAAGAUGAAUUUGGUCACUUGGGAGAUGACCAGCUCCAGUGUGGAGAUAACCGUGCUAACUUUUUGGAUUCCCAGACCAAGGAACACAUCCUGUACUUGUGGCAUGUUGCCGAUGAAGCACAGAUCCUGAAGAACGUCAUGAGUGUCAUCUCUGAUUCUUGUGCCGCAAGUUCCGAAGCUUGUUCCAGUGUGGCUGGAUCGGAGGUUGCAGUGACUGCACGCAACAGAAGAGUGGACGAACGUGCCUUGGGUUUCUUCCGCGCAAAGAUGGGACUUGCAAUGCACACCAUGUCGCGUGCUGCCAUUUUCAAAGAACUCCGAGAAACUCAGGACAAAUUGUUCGAGUCACAGGUAAAGGUCAUGGAGACAACAAGCUCUAACAUGAGCGAGUUGUACAUGGGUCGGGUCCGCAUGUUGGAGGCACAUGUCAAGGCCGUUCAAGAGUGUCUUGAUUCCCUCGAUGGUGAGGAAGCUGAAAAGAAGGACCGCCGUGAACGCCGUGCCAACAAGAGAAGAAAGACCAAUUCCUCUGCCGCUGCUGCUGCCUUGGAUUCUGAUGACUCGGACUCGGAUGAUGAUGAUGAGGAUGGUGAUGAAGUGGCUUCCCGUGGAUCUAAGGGCUAUUGA